CUUAACAUUUUUAUCUGACACUUGACAGCUAGGCAUCUAACAUAAUCAAUUGGUACAUAGUUAAAUGGAACGUUGCGUUCUGCGCGGAAGAAAUUAUUGACUUUUUAGAAAUAAAAUAACUUUAAAAUACAUGCUAAUUAAACUCCGACUAAACCUCGUAAUAUACCAUGCUACAAUAUCUAUAAAAUCUCUUGCCGCUAUUUAUAUAAUUUCGCAUAAUACCACCGAAUAAAUUGGCUUUAGAAUCGAUAACCCAGUUUUGUAAAACUACGAAAAUUGUGAAUGUGCUAGUAUGUCGUGUUAAGAUAAUAUAUUACAAUCUAGAGGAGGCGGAUAUUGCGACGAUUCAUAAUGUUGUUCACCCCUAUCUAUAUCGCGAUGACUUUCAUUAAGACUUGGCGCAUCCGUUCGUUUAGGGCUCGGCUACUGGAGUUCCUGAGCGGCAAUACGAGUGUCGCAUUCUGUAAAGUUCCUGAAAAUGCAGCCGAAACACCAACACUUAGUUCCAAGCUAUGUACAAAUCCCAAAAAUGCAUAUCUCUGCAAUCUGUUUGACUAUACUAACACUACAAGGAUAUGCAGCAUGAAACCCACACAGUGCAUUGACGUUAGUGACUGGGUUACUUGUUCCGGUGGCCUUCCAUUAGGUUCUGGAGAUCAAUCCCCAGUCACUGAUCUGGAUGUGGACAUACUGUUUGAGUGUGAGAUGGAACCGCAUGACUCCAGCAAUCACGAUAUUGCAAAUCUGGAGUCUAUCAAAAGUUAUCGUUAGUAGAGAGUUGGUGCUCCCAGUCGGGCGGCACGCGCGUUCAGAACCUGGAUGGGUUGACUGUACAGUGGUGCCUGCGCGGGGAAGCCCCGAUAGAACCGCCUUCGGAAAACUUUCUCCCUGUUUACGUUUACGAAUGCCCUGAAAACUUCUCUACUGUCGAAUAUUUUGAUAACCUGACGUCGUCGUGCGUGGGGCGGCUGGUGGUGUACGCGGAGGUGCUGGCGUCCACGGCGCGCGUGACGGGCGCGGCGCUGGCGCCGGGCGUGGGCGCGGUGGCGCGGCGCCAGGCCGCCGGCCGCGGCCGCCAGGGCAACCGCUGGAUCACGCCGCCCGGGCAGGCCGCCAUGUCGCUGCAGAUAUGGCAGAAGAUGUCCCCGCGCAUAUCGCUAGUGCAGCACGCGGCGGCGCUCGCGGCCGUCAGCGCCAUCCGCGCGCAGCCCGUCUACGAACACCUCGACAUUAGAAUAAAGUGGCCCAACGACAUCUACUACGGGCGAGAGGUCAAAAUCGGCGGCACCAUCACCACGGCCAGCUGUAUGAACGACGACGUCAUAUUGAAUGUCGGUACCGGUGUAAACAUAUCCAACAACGUGCCAACGACUUGCGUGAACGACAUCAUCUCUGAAUACAACAAGCGGCAUGGCACGUCACUAGCGCCGAUAUCGAUAGAAAGUUUCCUCGCGCGCUACUGCUCCCAGUUCGAACAGAUACUCGACCGCCUGGAGCUUGAAGGCGGGGUCGACCUCUUCCUGGAUCAGUAUUAUCAGUAUUGGCUUCAUACUGGAGAAGAAAUUUUUGUUCAAAACCAAGAAGGCGUCUCCCCAGUGCCCGGUAUAAUAACCGGCGUGGAUGAAGCGGGCUGGUUGCUCGUCCGAACUGGCACGGGCGAGGUAAAGGUAGCCCCCGAUGGGAACACAUUCGAUAUCAUGAGCGGACUCGUCGCUCCUAAACUAUAACGUUUUAUUACUGAGUGUUAAGGUUACAAGUUUAUGUUUUUUUUUUGUGGUGAAAAAUUAAGGUUCGGUUUAAAAGGCUAGUUGAUAUGCGCAGUAUUUUUCAUUGAGACUAAAUUUAUAAGACCCAGAAAAAUCGCUGAUCUCAAAUCUGUAUACUCGAUUUUGCAAAAUUAUAACUAGCCUUUCGAUCAUCGAAAUGAUAUAAAAUUGUGUAUGGGUCAUUGAGGUGUUCUAGUUUUCAAGAAAACUAUUUUUUUUCGGUUCAGUCAGGCUCAAUACUUAAAUGCUCUCUUAGUAUAAGUGUGAUGGUUAUUGAUGUGUAAGUGUCCUUUAAGUUUGAUGAAUGCGUAUUUUUAGAAUUUGUCCAUUGAAUAGUAUCAAUGUUGUGAUAAAGGGAUUAAAUGGUAAUUGGAUCAUUAUGUAAACGCUACUGCGGAAUUUAUAUAAGUCGAUAAAAGGAAGACGUGACUAAAAUAUCGAUAUCGAUAAAAUGAAAGGAUAAUUAACGUUCGAAAUUUGUUGAGGUGAUUGGGAUUGCGUGCCGGUGUAAUGUUAAUUUAUUGUGUGACAAUAUAUUUAAUUCUUUAUAAUUCGUUAAGGUGGUGUGUGAUUAGAGAUGCAGUCAACAGAGUGUGAAAGGGCGAGUGAAAUAUAUUUACAUACAUAUUUUUAUCAAAAUUUAAUUGAAACAUUCUCUACUAAUAAUAAAUAAUAUAGUAAGAGAUUUUUGUCAUAAUAUUUCAAUAUUAAAAUCAAAUAUACUUUUUAUUUAUAUAUGUAGAUGGUAAAUGUACUGUGUAUUUUCUUGUAAACAUAAAAAUCAGAAAUAUAUAAUAUUUUAAAAUAUUUUCACAUAAUGGAGUUUCGAUGUAAUGAAUGAAGAAGACAAUAUUUUUAAUAAAAUGUGAUAGUUUCGAUCUCUUGCAUCUGCAUCUCUAUAGGGUAAAUCUUACUUUUUACUACAUUGUUUUCCAAAUCCUAUUAAAUAAUGUGUAUGGGUGUUGAACAUUAAUAUUGAGUUUGCCAAUUUUUAUCGUUUCUAUUAUUAAAUACAAAUAUUUUAUAAAAUAUACAUUUUUUAAUUAUAUAACAUAAAAGUGUUGACUUCAAUAUUACCAUGAAUAACCUAGACAAAAUAUACGUACAUAGCGAAAUAUAAUCAUUGUUAAUCUAAAAUAUAUAAACCGCUGAUAACUGUACUAAGUAUCAAAAACGAAUGCACUGAUAAAAUAGCAGAUCACCGUCCAAAUCGAGAUAAGAUUCACUGUGAAGAGUAGCUAACUAUCGAUAUUUCUGCCCCUAUUACAAUAUAAUAAAAUUAUAUAUUUUUCGGCAUUACGCCUUUGCAACUGUAGGGGACAGAAUGGUUAGUCGACAGUACAAUAAUUAACGUUAGUUCCAUAGUACCGUUAUAAUUUAUAAAUUCUGUGUGAGUCGAUAAUAUUUACUAUCUAAAGUUAGUCAGAAAUAUAGAAAACUUUCACAAAAAUACAGCGGUCGGUUUUCAUACGUAUUUCUUACUAACUUUAUACAGCCGAUUUCAACUACGAUCUGGAGCUGAAUAUUUGAUCUGAUACCGAGAAUAAACCCAUUAAAACAAGUAAUUUGUAAGUAUGUCAAGAAUACUUUAUUCUGAUUGAUCCAUUUUCGCGAUCAAAAAAGGGAUUGGGAUCGUUUGAAAUUGGAUCGCAAACAUUGGAAGCACACAUUAGUGACAGUUCUUUUCACAUACCUUAGUAAUGUCGUAUUUGGCACUUAGUAUAGUCGAACCUUGUAGAUGAAUCUCGAGCACAAUUAUCGAUGUUUGUAUUAUGACGUAGUUUUAGUUUAGAGUGAUUAGUGUUGACUGUAAUUGUUGCCUCUCAAAAUAUUUAUGAAACGUUACUGCAGAAGUAUUAAUGCGAGAUAUCGAAAAACAGUGUUCAGAAAUCCCGUUUAUAUUUUAGUGUUUCACGAUAUAUCUACUUUUUACUAUAUUAAACUAUAUUAUAGCGAUAAAUAAAUUUGAAGACUUUUAUUAUUAAUAUAUUUUAUUGAAUGCGUUAAUAUUUUUGCAGUAAAUAAAUGCAUCACUUAGUUACGGAAUGACGCACCACUGCCAGUGCUCUUAUAUCAAAUAAUGUUAGAAUCAAACGUAUUGUUCCGGCAUACACUACAAAGAAUUAAUUUUACGGGGCAUUUUGUGGCGGAACCAAUAUGAAGUUCAAGAAAGCUUGAUACAAAUCCUCGCAUAACUAUGGAUGUUAUAUUUUUAAUGUGUUGUGAAAUCGAUAAAAAACUAAAUUUAACGUCGUUGUAUCCUGAAUCAGAUAUUAACACUGUUUAUGAAGUCUGGUUUGACAUUAUGGACUUACUAGUGUAUAAUUUGUCAUAUUUCCUUUUAGAAUUAUUAUUUAAUCUAUAAUUACUCCAACAAACUACAGCAGUAUUGUAUUUUUGGUAAUACACUUUUAUUUAUCGAAGUUUAUAGUAUAUCGAAUACAGUAUCGAUAAAGUGCACUGAAAGAAAUUAAACUUUGUAGUGUUAUAAUAAUAAGUAAUAUAAAGUAUACACAUGUAUAAUGGAUGUUGUAGACGAGUCCGUUCAUGUUAAAAUGUUAUGUAUUACUAAAUAUUAAACUCGCAAAUGUAGACCUACGUCAAUUAAUUUAAGAUUAUCGAUAGAAAUAUGAGAAUCUCGAACGCUUAUAUGUUUUGUUGUUGCCAAUGUUAAAAUUAUUAAAAUUCAGACAACGCCAGUGACAACUUUAUUGUGUUAAAAUUAAUUUAAAAAAUAUAAAAAUGGUGUUUGGUUGUAUAAGUGUGACUCGAUCACAUCGUAGCGAUUGUGAUGAUUUAUAUUUAAGACAUUUUUAGUAUCAAUUUCGGUAUUGCCAAAAUAAUAUUUUUAUUAUGAGAUUCCAAAAUUAAGAUUUUAUAGUACAACUAUUUACUCUCUAUUAUGAUUUGGCUUUUCUCUUAUCGUACGUUUGGUACCUGAGGGUUUAUGUGUAACUUAUCUUCUAUUAUCGUCUUUAAGCAUGUGAAUUGGAGCUUUUUAUCGUUUAUUACAAUUUCUCGUAUCGGAAACAUGUGCCUAAACGAAGUCACUGCACACGCGUGCAAUGUACUUUACGGUUGUAAAAUUAAAUUAAGUCGCUUAAUGUAAACUAAAAUUCGCAAUGUACACUUAUUUCGAUGUAAAUUUUACUAUUGUGAAUCUUUGAAGAGUUUUCGACUAACUUUUGCUGUUUAAAUUCUGCGCAAAUAUCGAACGUUUUCACGGCGUGUCAGUAAUUGUUGUCAUUGAUGUUUACAGUUGUAAGGUGGUCUGGUCUAGUCAUUCGCUGUUGUAACGUGACGUUAUGUUUAGAUGUUAUACAUUGAUAGAGUCUAAAAUGUUACUUAAAUAUCUUGUUACACUACUCUGGUUGUACUCAUAUCUUCUAUUAAACUAUUUCUUAUUUAGUAA